ACAAUAAAAAUAUGAGGCAUCUGUAUGACAGCAGGCAGUUUAGUGGUAAAGCAGAACUGUAUGGCACGUAUUAUUUAUUAUUAUUAUUAAUUUAAACAGUUAAAAUAGCUUUAAAAUAAUGGAGUUUUAGUGCAGUGGGUUUGCCAUGGUGCGCUCAGACCGCACAGUUAGCCUCGUUAGCUGCGUAUUUGGGUAAUAAUAUGCUAGGUUAGCUGUUAGCUCAGCAGCUGUUGGUCUGUAGGUAUUGUUAUGAGUUAGUGAUGGCUGAAUCUCAGUUAGUUAAAGAUCUGUAUUAAUAAAUAAACAGGUGAAUAUGAAUGCAGGCUCUGGCAGCUCGGGCGGGAUCUCUGUUAAACGCAGCUCCUGGUCCUGUAAGAAGAGAGUGAGAGAUGGAGUGAGGAGUAAUUUUACUCCAGCUAAGAAAAAACUCAGUAAUUUACCUGAGAAACACUGCAGCCCUGCAGAAACCAACCCAGAGGAAAAGUGCUGCAGUGAUGACGAGGACCUGUUUGAUGGUUAUGACAGCAUCAUCGGGGACAGCUCCUUCCUGGCCAAGCUGGAAGAUGUGGAACAGAAAGCAGAAGAAGAUCAGAACGUUUGUUUCGACCCACAUCCUGUUAAAAACUCUGAUAAACAGUGCUGUGGGGAUGAGCUCACCGACUCCAUCUUCACCGAGGACUUUCCUGAUGCGUCACUGAGGGACUUCCCGAGCUCUCAGCUGGAGUUUCAGCAGGACGUUUUAAACCCAGAGCGGCAGGACAGCAGCCUCAGGAUGGGUCUCAGCACGGAGAGCACCUCCACUCCGGACGUAAAACACUGUAAACCGGUUUCAGCUCCUGCUGAGAGCGUUAAUAAUAAGAAACCAGGACCCAGAGCUCGACGCAGCAUGACCGACCAGCUGAAGAGAGCCAUGCUGGAAAACGCAGCCGCGUCCAGCAGGAUCUCCAAGACCGCUCUGCAGAAAGAAGCUGUGAUGAGCGAGGAGAUCAGUGUCGCCAUGCAGACCAUUGAAUCCGCGUGUAAAGACGGGGACCUCGGCCCUUUCUUUGGGCUUCCUUCCAAAGUGAAGGAUUUAAUAAUGAGAUUAAAGGGAAUACAGGACUUGUAUGAUUGGCAGAAGGUAUGUCUGGAUCUGGACUCAGUAAAACAGAGAAAGAACCUUAUCUACUCUUUACCAACCAGCGGUGGAAAGACACUGGUGGCAGAGAUUCUUAUUUUUAAAGAGCUGCUUUGUAGAAGGAAGGAUGCGCUGCUGAUCCUGCCAUACGUAGCACUGGUACAAGAAAAGGUGCGAGGAUUGGCGAGUUUUGGUAUUGAGUUGGACUUCAUGGUGGAGGAGUAUGCUGGGAGUAAAGGCAGAUUCCCUCCAGUGAAAAGAAGAAGCAGUAACUCUCUUUACAUCACCACCAUCGAGAAAGGCCACAGCCUGGUCAACUCCCUGAUUGAGGCAAACCGACUAGACAACAUCGGGCUUGUUGUUGUGGAUGAGCUCCACAUGCUCGGCGACGGCAGCAGAGGAGCAAUUCUCGAAAUGACUCUGGCGAAAGUGUUGUACAUCAACAAGAGCACACAGAUCAUUGGAAUGAGUGCAACUUUGGGCAACAUUGGAGAUCUUCAGAGCUUCCUGAGAGCUGAAAACUACACCAAUGAUUUCAGACCAGUGGAGCUGAAAGAGUACGUAAAGCUGAGGGACAGUAUUUAUGAAGUCAAACCAAAGGAGGAGGAGUGCUUCAGAUUCUCACGUCUCCUGGCUUUUAAGUACUCCAGUGGGAUGCAGAAGAUGGACCCGGAUCACAUUAUUGCUCUGGUAACUGAAGUAAUACCAAAGCAGUCCUGUUUGAUCUUCUGUGCCACAAAGAAGAACUGUGAAAAUGUUGCAGGCAUGAUCUGCAAGUAUUUGCACACAGACUUUCUGAUGCACAGAGAGGGAGAGAAGGCCACGCUGCUGGCUGAGCUGAGGAACAGUGGGAACGGGUCUCUGUGUCCGGUUCUGCAGAGGACCGUUCCUUUCGGCCUGGCCUACCACCACAGCGGCCUGACCAGUGACGAGAGGAAGCUGGUGGAGGAGGCGUAUUCCUCAGGAGUGCUCUGUCUCCUCGCCUGUACCUCUACUCUCGCUGCAGGCAUCAAUCUACCCGCCCGCAGGGUGAUUCUCCGCUCGCCGUACGUCGGCAUCGACUUCUUGAAGAGGAGUCAGUAUAAGCAGAUGGUGGGACGAGCAGGACGUGCUGGUAUUGAUUCAGUGGGUGAGAGUAUCCUCAUUCUACAGGACAGAGAUAAAGACAUGGUAAGGAAACUUGUUUCCGCACCGAUGGAAAAGUGUUACAGUAAUCUGCUGCAUGAUGGAUCUAAAGGUCUUUUGAGCCUCACACUCUCCCUUAUUGGCCUUAAUGUAACCCAGUCUGAGGAGCAGGUGGUGGAUUUUAUGUCCAGGACUUUACUGAGUGUCCAGGAGACUCAGACAUGUCAGCAGAAAAGCCUGAAGGAGCUCACGGUGGAGUCCAUCGAGAUCCUGAAGCAGAAGGGUCUUAUUGAAGCUUCUUCAGGUGCAGCUGGUGGAGCAAGUCUACAAGUCACCAGGAUCGGAAGGGCAACGUAUAAAGGCUCAGUGGACCUCAGCUACUGUGAUGUUCUCUACAGAGAUUUGUCUAAAGGUCUGGAAGGUCUGCUGCUCAACAGUUUCCUUCAUUUGGUUUACCUGGUCACACCUUACGACCUGGUUUCUCAGUGCAAACCAGACUGGAUGAUCUAUUACACACAGUUCUCGAAGUUAUCUCCUGCAGAACAGAAAAUGGCAGCUACUCUAGGGGUUCCUGAGAGCUUCGUGGCUCGGAAAGCAGCUGGUCAGAGCGUGAGGAAGAAUGUGGAUAACCUGGUGGUGAACAGGUUGUACCUGGCGCUGGUUCUGUAUUCUCUGCUGAGGGAGACGGACCUGUGGAGCGUCUCUGACAGGUUUCAGAUGACUAGAGGUUUUGUUCAGACUCUCCUCAGCUCUUCCUCAGCCUUCUGCUCCUGUGUGCUGCACUUCACUGAGGAGCUGGAGGAGUUCUGGGCCUAUAAGGCUCUUCUCUCUGAACUGACCCGCCGGCUGACCUACUGCGUCCAGGCCGAGCUCAUCCCCCUGAUGGAGGUAUCUGGAGUCAUGGAGCUCCGGGCCAAGCAGCUCUACAGCGCCGGGUACAAGACUCUGGCUCAUUUGGCCAACGCUGACCCAAAUGUUCUGGUCAAAAAAGUGGAGAACCUCUUUAAGAAGCAGGCCAAUCAAAUCGUGGCUUCUGCAAAAAUGCUGCUACAGGAGAAAGCAGAGGCUCUGCAGGAAGAGUUCGACGAUCUGCUGAUGUUACCCAUUGAUCUGCCAGCAGAGUAAAUCUUCAUAAUGUAAAUUAAUAUGUAUAUUUAUUUUUAGCUGCUGUGUAUAUAUUUAUUUGUGCCAGUAUUAAUGUAACCAAACAAAAUAAAACCAGUACAUAUUGUAA